AUGCGUCCCAUCUACAUCAUCUCCCUACUGGCAGCUGGGCUUCAAUCACCUCUAGCAUCCGCCAGUGACGCUCACCGGAACCGUCAAGGGCAGGGCAAUGCCAUACAAGCCCGGCAAGCGACAGCCACAGACCCGUGGGCUGGCCACUCCAAGCGUGGCCGCGAUGAUGGGGCAGCCGGCGGUGCGCAGAUUCGGCUUGUUACAAGAGGCACCACGGGAAGCAAGCAACGAGGGAGGUCCCGGAGCCCCUCGCCGCCGCCGCCGCGGCCUCCGUCUCCACCUCCCCGGCUGACUGCCAGGUACUGCACUCUCUGUGCCAACAGCUACAUCUACACGCUUUGUGCGCAGGGGGAGACUUUUCACAGAGAUAAGGCGUAUCAUCCAAGCCCGGGAUUCUGCGAUGAUUUGCCAAGUGAUGCUGGGACAGGGUGGAGACCUUGGUAA